UGUGUCUCCGUAUGUGUGUGUUACGUAGAGGAGGGGAGGUCUGUCUCUCUGUACACACCGAGAACCGCAAAUCCACUUCGGAGCAUCAGUGAGCGGAGGACAUGACGAUGCGGACAGCGGUCUGUCGCGGAUCUACCGGGCGUGUAAAAUCUGGACGACAUGAGUGUGACUGGUUUUAUUGUUGGAUUUUUUUUCACCGAGUGAAUCUGAACGUGUAGCGGGACUGCAAUGGAGCGUCGAUCCAACGCGUGAGAGCUGCUGACGGUCUGUCUGUUUGUAAGCUGACAUUACAGACAAUAAGCCAAAGGAAAUUAGCCAUUAGACACUGUGGCAUUUCAUAAUUUCAUUAUUGGAGUCUGUGUUAUUAGGCACUGUGGCUGUUUUCCUUUAUGAUAUGAUCAAAAAAGCCAUACUGAAUUUGUUAUUAAUGAUUCAAAAAUCACUGGUUUCAUAUUCAUAGCAGACAGGAGACUGAUUAAAGGCGUUGUAAAGGUUCCCAGCCAAUUUUUGAUUUAGAUUGUCCUUUUGUUGUUUACAACAAGAAACAGAAGCCAGUCAUGUCAAAAAAUAAGAGCAGUGAGUCGGUGAAGGUGGUAGUUCGAUGCCGCCCUUUGAACCGGAAAGAGGAGUCCAAUGGGCCUGCAGGGGGCAUUGUGCAGAUGGACCUGCGGCUCGGACAGGUGAUCCUCAGAAACCCUCGUGCGCCAGCCAGCGAGCCCCAGAAAACAUUCACGUUCGAUGCAGUUUAUGAUGCAAACUCAAAACAGCGAGACCUGUAUGAUGAGAGCGUCCGGCCGCUGAUAGAUUCGGUGCUGGCAGGGUUCAAUGGCACCAUAUUUGCGUAUGGGCAGACCGGAACUGGGAAGACGUACACCAUGCAGGGGGCCUGGUUGGACCCGGAGAAACGGGGUGUGAUCCCCAAUGCUUUUGACCACAUCUUCACACACAUCUCUCGCUCGCAGUCUGAUAGGCAGUACCUUGUGCGGGCAUCCUACCUUGAGAUCUAUCUGGAAGAGGUUCGGGAUCUCCUCGACCCCAACCACGGCAACGCCAGAGCCCUGGAGCUCAGGGAGAGUCCAGAGUCCGGGGUGUAUGUGCGUGACCUCACAUCGUGUGUCUGUAAGAGCAUCAAGGAGAUCGAGGAGGUGAUGAACGUGGGCAACCAGGCGAGGGCGGUUGGGGCGACAGACAUGAACGAACACUCGUCCCGGUCCCAUGCGUUGUUCCUGAUCACAGUGGAGUGCAGCCAGCCUGGACCAGAUGGGAGGAAACACAUCCGGGUCGGCCGCCUCAACCUGGUGGAUCUGGCUGGAAGCGAGCGCCAAGCCAAGACAGGCGUCCAGGGAGAACGCCUGAAAGAGGCCGCCAAGAUCAACCUUUCCUUGUCAGCACUGGGGAACGUCAUCUCAGCACUGGCCGACGGGCGCAGCAGCCAUGUGCCGUACCGGGACUCCAAGCUGACCCGGCUGUUGCAGGACUCUUUGGGAGGGAAUGCAAAGACUGUUAUGGUUGCCACCUUAGGCCCAGCCCCCCAGCACUACGAUGAGACCCUCACCACCCUACGCUACGCCAACCGGGCCAAGAACAUCCAGAACCAGCCCCGAGUCAAUGAGGAUCCCAAGGAUGCUCUACUGCGUGAGUUUCAGAGGGAGAUCGCUCGCCUCAGGGCCCAGCUCAACCACAGGAAGUGGAGGAGCAAACAGAAGAAGGAGCAGGUGGAGGGCGAGGGCUGGGAGAGAGAUGGGGAUGAAGAGACAGAGGAUGAGGAGGAGGUGGAGAAAGAGGCGGAGGACUAUGUGAAGCUGGAGGAGCAGCGGUUGGAGAGGGAGAAGGAGGCCAUCAGAGAAGAUCAAUUCCUGUUGGCCGAGGAGAAGCAGAGGCUCCUGGGAGAGAAUAAGAGGAUGAUGGGAGAUCUGAGGAAGGAGCAGGAAGCCACCGAGCAACUGACCGCCAAGUACAAGGCGAUGGAGAGCAAGCUGCUGGUUGGUGGAAAGAACAUCAUGGAUCACACUAAUGAGCAGCAGAAGAUGCUGGAGAUGAAAAGGCAGGAGAUUGCUGAGCAGUCGCGUAGCGAGAGGGAGAUGCAGCAGAAGAUGUUGGUCCAGGACGAAGAGACGGUGGAGCUGAGAGAGACUUUCACUUCUCUGCAACAGGAGGUGGAGGCCAAAACCAAGAAACUCAAGAAGUACCUCAAGCUAUAUGCCAAGCUCCAGUGCAUCAAAGCGGAGAUCCAGGACGUGAACGACGAGCAUGUGAGGAGCCGACAGGAGCUGGAACAAACUCAGAAUGAGCUCACCAGAGAGCUCAAGUUCAAGUAUCUGAUCAUAGAGAACUUCAUCCCUCCAGAGGAGAAGAAUAAGAUCAUGAACAGGCUGACCUUUGACCCCGAGGAGGAUCAGUGGAAGUUUCAGCCUCUUGUUCCUGCUGAAAG